AAAAUGUCACAGAAAAAAUUAAUGAUUCAAGGUAAGUUAGAUGAUGAGCAAAAAGAAAAACAUAAACCUUGUAAGGUAUGUUUGUAUUGCAAAAUGCAUUUACAAGACGAGGAAAAAAAUAGAGUAAUAGAUCAUGACCAUAUUACAGGAAGGUUUAGAGGACCAGCUCAUAGUGGAUGUAAUUUAAAAUUACAAAUCGAUUCAGAAACAAUAAAAAUUCUGGUAUUAUUUUGUAAUGGAAGUGGCUAUGAUUUUCAUCAUCUUAUACAAGAAAUAGCUAAAGUGACAGAUAAAAAAAUAGUGCCAUAG